AUGUCGUCUGCCGGGUCGUCGUCGGCGUACGCCUUCAAGCCGGGCGGCUCGCUCAAGCUCAAGGGCGACGACGGCAAGAAGGACAAGAAGAAGAAGAAAAAGGUCAAGUCGUCCCUGUCGCACGAUGCCAAGCACGCUUCACAGUCCGCCUCUUCCUCCAAAAGCAAGGCUCACGAUGACGGCAAACACAGCCGAGACGGAGACGAAGGAUCGGACCUGCAAGAUCCAACCGAAACUGGCCCCGCUCCCAGCAGCCGCCGAAUGACCGAGGCGGAGCGCAGGUUUGAGGAAGUGCGGCGCCAACGCAUGCAGCAGCGCAUCGCCAAAGAGGCACGCACCUCGCACAAGGAAAAGGUGGAAGCGUUCAACAAGUAUCUGGGAUCGCUCUCGGAGCACCACGACAUCCCCAAGCUGGCGCGCAGCGUCAUCGACGACUGUCACCGUAAAGAUCCCGCCUACGCACAGCGCGCUGCGUCUUCGUCGUCUUCCGGCGCCGAUGCGGCCGAUGCCAAGAACAAGGUGGACGAGCUGGCCUAUGCGGAUAGCAUGGAGUCGUUCGCAUCGCAUCUGAUCGGUCUUCGACUCGAGACUCCCGAGUACCGCGCGUUCGCUGCCACGGUCUCGCCCUCGUCGCCAUCCGAUGCCGAUGCGGUCGCUCGCACCGGCGAUCUGCUUCGUGUCGCUGCACGCUGCCAGCACCUCGAGCGCUUCCUCACCCCGCGCGCCUCGUAUCCGGACGGCAAAGCGGGCUAUCUCAAGUGGCGGCGCGACCUGUACAAGAUCCAGGCGGACCGCGCCAAGCAGCUCCUCACCCAGGCGGGCAUCAGCGAGACCGAGGCCGACUGGGUGCACAAGUGGGUGAGCAAGACCGAGCUCAACCCAGGCAGGGAGUCGGGCGACAUGGGAACGCAGAUGCUCGAGGACGCUGCCGUGCUCGUCUUCUUGCAGAACGAACUCGAACUCUUUGCUGGUCAGCACCAGGAGUAUACCGAGCAAAAAUUCGUCGACAUCAUCAAGAAGACCUGGAGGAAGCUCUCGGCGCUCGGCAAGCAGGAGGCGCUCAAACUCAGCAUGCCCAGCGGUCUCGAGCCCAUCGUCCGCAAGGGCAUCGAGGCUGUCGAAGGCCCUUCGACUCAGCAGGAACAAGGCAUCCCUGCUGAUGCAUCCGCUGCAGCUGACAGUGCGAGUCGGAAGAAGCAGACGUCUUCGUCGGCAGCGAUCACAUCAGGCUCGACACUUGCACGUGCGCUUCGACCCAAGAACGCUGCUGAAGCCGAGGCAUUGCUUGCGGAGCGUGCCGCGCGCACUGACGAUGCCACGGACGAGCCGGACAUGUUUGGCGCACGUCUGCUCAAGGCGGACGACGAUAUCUGGACGCACAAUGCGUGGGACCACGUCACACCACCCGCAUCGCACUAUGAGCAGGUGGCAGCGACGCUGGCCAAGCAAGCAGAAACCAAGCUUUCGCUGGACGAAGCCGAGGUAUUCCACCAAGCGCCCGCCGGGUAUUGGGACACGUUCUACUCGGCGCACGAGAACCGCUUCUUCAAAGACCGCAAGUGGCUCCACCUCGAGUUUCCCGAACUCGUCGAAACGACCCUCGAAUCAGCGGGUGACAAGACCGUACUAGAGGUCGGAUGUGGUGCGGGCAACACUGUGUUUCCAUUGCUGGAGAUCAACAAAAAUCCAAAACUCACCAUCCACGCAUGCGAUUACAGCGCAGAGGCGGUGGGUGUUGUACGAUCCAAUCCGCUCUGCAGCUCGGCUCCUGCGGGUGCAAAGUGUCAUGCAUCCGUAUGGGAUCUCAGCUCUUCCACAGCCCUACCCACCGGUUUGGAGGAGGAGAGCGUGGAUGUGGUGGUGUUGAUCUUUGUCUUUUCCGCACUGCAUCCUCGAGAAUGGCGCCAGGCGAUUAGCAAUAUCCGCAAACUUCUCAAGCCGGAUGGUAUCGUGCUGUUCCGUGACUAUGGACGGUACGAUCUGCCCCAGCUUCGCUUCAAGAAACGUCGCAUGUUGCAGGACAACUUUUACCUGCGUGGCGACGGUACGCGCGUCUACUUUUUCGAACCCCAGGAACUCUUUGCAAUCUUCAACGCCCGUCCCCAAUCCACCACAACCACCACCACCCAGGACAAUAAGGAAGUUCAGCAGGUCGAUGAAUCCACUGCCGGCAGCGCGCGAGCUGGGGAAAAGUACGAUUUCGAAACGGUGCAGAUGGCUAUUGAUCGCAGACUCAUCGUCAACCGAAAGGAGCGCAAGCAGAUGUAUCGCAACUGGCUCCAAGCCAAGUUUCAGCUGCUUCACUCGUAA